CAGAGCUUCCAGGACCGCCUCCGGGGGAAGCGCCACCAUCUUCUCCCACAGGCCGCGCGUAUAAAACUCUACCGUGUGAGCCCGGCACAGCGGCAGCAUCCGCUGCAGAAAGUGUGCCACCGACCGUAGUCGCGCUACCACCAUCUCCGCCGACAGCUCCGGAGGCAAAGGAUGGUGAGUCCUGCGAGAGACCGUAGAAGCCUCGUGGCCAUGCCACGACAUCGCGAGCAGGAAGGAUGGCCUGAGCGCCAAUCGUAGAGAGGUGUGUUGGAGUGAAACAACUCGGCGUGCGAUUGAAAGUGCCUGUCGCCACGAGUUGGCUUCCGUCUCUAAGGUGCUCGCUCGCUCUGUUCAGGCAAAGCAAAUCUAGCACCGACAUAAAGCCAUACCUUUGGUCCCACAACUGAAGCGAAGUAGGCGCUGGUUUGAUGACGUAUUCGGCGCGCGACGAAACCCAACAGAGCGGAUGGCUGAUGGCGCCGGAAGCGAAGAACAAGGUUUCGCCGAGCUCCAAGAAAGAUGAGGGAACAGAGAAGUCGCGGGCUCGCCCGGGCCGGAAACGACCGUGGAGAAAGGACCCGCGUCUGGUACGGGGGAGCAUCCGGGAGGGGCAAGGCUUUGCUUUUUGGAGAAAGCAAAAGAUCCAACGUGAUUACAAGAAAUUAAUUAAAAAGGAAAGCCAUGCCAGUUCCCAGAACAACACUGGGUUCAAAGAAGAUUACCCAGAACACUUGAAGCAUCUUUACUUAGCUGAAGAGGAAAUGCUUAAGAAACAACGGAAGCCUAAAAAUGAUAGGCCAUUUAUACUGGAAGAAAAGAAAACUGCAGCAACUCAGUGCAACAUGAUGCAGCGAAAAUUUAAAACGAAAACUUCAAACCAGAAAGCAAAAGAAGAAUAUGAAAAAAUAAAAGCUGAACAAGAUAAGAAAAAAGAGGAGGCCAGAAAAAGGCAAGAAGAAAGGGGAAAAGCUCAAAAGCUCUACAAACAGAAGAAAAUGGAAACUUACAAAAUAUUAAGCAAAAAAACUAGAAAGGGACAGCCAAAUCUAAACUUACAAGUGGAGUACCUACUACAGAAAAUACAGAAAAACCCAUAAACAUUUAUUAUCUUCAAUUAAGGUGUAAACAAAUAUGCUUUGAACUUCAGAGUAUGUAUUUAUAAGAGCCUCUAGUAUUUGUUCUCCCCCUCAAUAUUGGGGUACUUAAUUUUGGAAUAUUGGCUGUUGUUAAAGCGUGCUAUGGUGAAAGUAGUUUGGGGGUAGCAGAAUAAAAUCUGUUUGCAAACUCUCAUUUUCUGCCUAAACUUAUACAUCUAGGUGCCAUAUUCUUAUUCUAAUAUAUUAACGCAUUCUCUGAAUUCUUUUCUAAAAACGGAUUUCAGUUAAAAUCUCUGCAUUCUUAUGGUCUUGCUUUCCUUCAUCCAGCUGUUACUUUAUGUUCUCAUACUGUAUUCUUGUCUCAGUCUCACUUAGUAUAUAUCUUAGAACUGUUGGAAGUGUGAGUAAUGGAUGGAGGUUGCUGAUACUUCGUUACGUUAAUGAAUAGCUGCACUGCCAUCCACACCGAUUCAUACCAAAAAACCAGGUUGACAAGAAUUUUAUUUGGAAACAACAUAAUAUUGAUUUUAAGAUCAUGAAAAAUGUUUAUAUCAAUAGAAGAAUAAAAGGAGAUAGGGAUACAAGCAGAGUCAAUCCAUGGAAUGAUUUUUCUUUUUUCCUCUAUUAAAUAUGAAGCAUAUACUGACAUUUCACCAGCCUACACAAAUGUAAUAUCUUAAUCCCGUGUGUCCCCUUUCAAGUCUGUCUUAGAGCCUUGCAGUGCUCUGAAGAGCAGUUGAGGAAAGUGCACAUUUGGAGAUAUUUUUCUUUCUUUCAUACUGUCCUUGUUCACUGGACCUAACCGUUGUUACUGCAACAAAAAGGGCUGCAAUGCAGCCCUUAAACUGGAAGAUUUAACAUACAUUUUUUAAGUGAAAAAAGGAAUGUGUUUCUGGAUUUCUGCUUUGAUUUGGCUGACACAGGCCCAGCAUGUAAGUUUAAUGUGUUUUAAGUUUUACCUACAGAUCAUGUGGACAGAACAUAGUAUGGAGGUGCACUCGCAGGCCUCUGAUGGUGUUACAUGACUUGUAUGUGGAAGGGGAGGGAAACGUGCAUCUGGGAUUUGCUCCCAUCCCUUACAGUGCAUAGAUGAUAUAUGCAUAAAGCUUGUAUUAACUGA